AUGGGGUGUCACAGUGAAUUAGGCACCAAUAAUGAUACUACAGAAGCAUCAAUCUUCCACAACUGCUUCUGCGAAAUCAGGGUCCAACUGGACCUCGUCGACAGUGGAAUCUGGAGCAUGGCUUCAUACACCCCCAGCCUAGCAAUCUCGACAACCUGGACCUGGAACCAACCACGACAUUUUGAGUCUCACAAUAGUAUAGAUAGUACAAGUGACAGCGAUAGCGAUCUAUAUUACUUCUCUGCGGAGAUCGCUAUGCGCAAAAUGCUACGGUGUUGCACCUGGUCGAUCAGCACCCUGUCCCAGGGCAGCCACGUCUACGCGCCCAUUGUCGCUGCCGAGCUGGAGCGUCAAGUAGAUGAGUGGCUGCGGAUGCUGCCAGAACCGUUGUCAUUCGUCUCUUCAAGUUCAUACAUCGGCACCUCGUGGCGGAACUCAGCGAGGAGCGAGUUCCUGCGCACGCAGUACUAUGCGUUCAAGGCGUCGAUUUACUGGCCUGCGGUCUAUGAAGCAGUCAAUGCAAGGGAGGUAAACGACGACCUCCGUCUCCACUGCAGUAAGUUCUUUACUAGCUAUGCUGAGUUUUCCGCCAGUGCUGCCGCCGCUGUAACGAUAUGCAAACCGAAUGUCUGGACUUUGUAUGCGAGUGUGUUUACCAUUUCGAUGGCUACAUUGGUAGCGCUAGAGGAACCGUGUCUAUCUGAAGUGGCAGUCCUUCCGGGGGUUGCCCGAGGUCUCGGAUUGGCUGUUGAAAUAUUUGCAAAUGUGGCGGACGUGAGCCUCUCGCUUGGGGAAAUGAGUGUGAUAUUGAACGACAGGGUCUUGCAAAGCAACGUGUCGGUGAUUUAG